CUGGCUCUUUUUCAAAACCAUGCCGGCUCAAGCUGAUGCGGGGAGGGCACGGUGGCCUUAGCAUCGAUGCCCGCGCAUAGGCUAAUUCGGCAGUGAUCUGUUGAACGUCGUCUGGGCUGGACCCAUGACAGCUCAGCAUAGAUGGACGCUUUUGGAGAACUACGGAGACGUGUACACCGCGCGCACGGGGCACACCGUCGUCAACGAGAGCGGGGCGUUCUAUCUCUUCGGUGGCACUGACGGUGCGGCCCGUCAGAGCGACGCGCAUGCAUACAACGUGGAGACCCAGCUGUGGCAGGAGAUCCGCGCGAGCGGUCGGCCCCCGCCGGCGCGCAGUGGAGCCCAGGCAGUGGUCUGGAAUGGGCUUGUCUGGUUCUUCGGCGGAUACACCAAAAAGGAUGGGGACUACUUCAAUGACGUCUUCACCUUCGAUAUCGCCACGAGCCAGUGGGAUUCGGUGGCCACGCCGGGCGAGUGCCCUGGGAAGCGGACUGACCACAGCGUCGUGCUCUUCCGGGAGUACAUGAUAGUUUUCGGCGGUUCCGAUGGCCGGAACCGAUUCAACGACAUGUGGGAGCUGAACCUGCGCGAGCGCCGCUGGAUGCAGACCUCCACGACGUCCGCCCCGCGAGGCCGCUUCGCUCACACGGCCGUCAUGUAUGACAACGGGAUGUUCGUCUUCGGCGGCUGGGAUGGGCAGGACACCCUGCGGGAGCUGCACGAGUACAACGUGUCGUCCAACAUGUGGAUCGCGCUGCCCCCUCGAGGCACCGCUCCCAGCGCGAGGUACCGCCACACCGCGGUGCUCUGCGGCGACGCCAUGUUCACGUUCGGCGGCGUGGACAAGGCGCAGAACCGCUUCCCGGACCUCUACGAGUACCGCUUCCAGCCCAAGAUGUGGAACAAGGUUAACACAACCGGCAACGCGCCUUCUGCGCGCACUUUUCACAAGGCCGUGGUGCACAGCGGCUGCAUGUACAUCCUGGGCGGCUUCGAUGGUCGCCGACUAAACGACAUGCACUGCGUCCAGCUCCGGACCGCCCAAGAACUGGCGCGACUGCAGGCGCAGGACCGCACUUCAGCCAUGGGCGCACAGGGAAGCGGCGGCCAGUGGGCUCGGGGUCAGGCUCCUGGCGCUGGCGGGAAUAGUGCUGUCGGGGACGCACAAGAUGCAGCGGCUGGCCGGACCCCAGAGGAGAUGUGGGCGUGGCACCAGGUGAAAGACCAGCAGGGCCACAUCUACACUCCGCGCACAGGCCACGCGGUCAUCGUAUGGAACCACUGCUUCUACCUCAUGGGGGGCACCGAUGAGAAUGCCAGGCAGAAUGACAUCUACAGGUAUGACGUGCGCAAGCGCAUCUGGGCGCUCGUCGGCCCCGCCUCGGGGCAUGCGCCUUCCGCCCGCUCUGGCUCAAAGGCUGUCAUUUGCCGCGACAGUAUCUUCUUCUUCGGUGGGUACACGAAGAAGGACGGCGAUUACUUCAACGACCUCUUCGAGUUCAACAUACCCCGCGCGCACUGGUCGCGAAUAGAUGCUGUGGACCGACCGUCCGUCCGGACCGACCACUCAUGCAUCAUGUACGAGGCGAGCAUGUACAUCUUCGGAGGCUUCGAUGCGAGUUCCCGCUUUUCCGACCUCCACCAAUACAGCAUCGACGACCGGAAGUGGACCGAAAUCCCAGCGGCCGGGAGUACCCCCAUGGGCCGCUUCGGCCACUCCGCCGUCGUCCACAUGUCUGGGAUGUUUGUGUUCGGCGGGUGGAAUGGGCAUGAUACUCUGGACGAUCUGUAUGAGUUCUCCCUGACUACCAAGCACUGGUACAGCAUCCCAGGCCGUGGCGAGAUGCCCCCGUCUAGAUACAGGCAUAGCGCCGCGGUGUACGGCUGCUGCAUGUUCAUCUUCGGCGGCGUGGACAAGAGGCAGGAGCGGUUCUCAGACCUCUUCGAGUUCAAUUUCGACACGAGGUCGUGGGCGCGCCUGAAGACCUUCGGUGACCCGCCGACGGCACGCACAUUCCAUUGCGCAGUAAUGUACGGCGGGGAGAUGUACAUCCUGGGUGGCUUUGACGGUCAGCGCCGGAACGACAUGUACCGGAUCGCAAUGCCAGAACAACUUCCCAGGGAGGAGAAGCGCAGGCGGAGGCUCAUCACUCUGCCUGGCGACACCGAGUCGGCGAUCGAGCCGGAGAGCGCCGCCGAUUCCGUCGCGGACCAGAAGACCUCCAAUAGCCAGGAGGACCAGCUGCGACUUCAGGUGCAAGAGCUGCAGAAGAGGCUCGAGGUGGAGCUCGAGAGACACCUCUGCAAGAUAUGCUACGAGCGGGAGAUCGACACGGUCCUCCUGGACUGCAAUCACCGAACGGUCUGCCAGCGCUGCCUGGAGCAGGUGCAGCUGUGCCCCUUGUGCAGAGUGCCGAUCUCCAACGUUGUGCAGACGUUCAACGCGUGAGGCCACGCCACAAGAGAGCACGCUGGCGCUUUGACCGUAGUCCCUUGUUUGAUUGGAGCGCUGGUGGCAAAACGCCAGGCGGGGGAGAUCGUGCACACUCCAGGGCAUCUCGAUCCAAUUC